AGAGUAUAUUCCUAUGUUUACUGGUUACAACCAACGAAGCAAAAAGCCUUAUUGCAUUGACUUCCGGUUAGGGCACAUGUACAUACUAUUUUGUAUUAUAGUAAAAGAGAAAGAUGAAUCGAUGUAAAUUUUAAAAGCAGAUAUGGGAUCCAGUUGGAGAAUUGUCAGCUGUUUUUUCUCUUCGAUCAGAUUUGUAUACGUAAAAAUGGUACACAUAAAUGUUUGGAACAUAAGUGGUCAUUGCCAUCGUCUUCUACAAAAUAGAACAGCGAGAAAACUUGCAGUCAUUUGCAUGCUUUUAACAGGUAUUUAUUACACAUUUUUUAACCAACAGUCUCUUCCUGACUCACCCUACCAAGAUCUUUCAGAAAAAUAUAAUUGCAGUUCGAUUGCUCAUCUAGAUAAGAUAGGAAUCAAAAGAAACAAAUCUGUGUGUGUAAAAUUCGCUGGAGGAUUAGGAAAUCAAAUGUUUGCUUUUUGUUUUGGAUACACUAUUGCUCGAAAGAAAAACAUGCAUUUAGUAUUAACAAGAGAACAUAUUUUAACACAGUAUUUCAAAUUAGUGCCAUAUCAUUGGAAGAAUUAUGAUUUAAAUGCAGGUAUUUGUGGUUGUUUACCAUUGAUUGAGGAUAAAGGAUUCGCUUGUGGAUAUGACAAAAAAUUAGAACAUUUACCAAGUGACGAAGAUUUAUCAUUUUUAGGAUUUUUCCAGUCCUGGAGAUAUUGGAAACACUAUGAGAAUGAACUGAGACAGAUACUUCAGUUUCAAGAUAAUAUUUUACAUGAAGCGAAAUCUCAAUUUCAUAAUAUUCUUUCAAAACACAAAAAUUAUCAAGGUAUAACAACAAUAGGGGUUCAUAUACGUAGAUUCGAAAGAUAUGAUACAGAUGAAUUUGGUAAAAACAAUGCACCGAAAGAGUAUAUAAUUCAUGCCAUGGACUAUUUCAGAAAUCUGUAUAAAAAGUGUUUAUUUCUGAUAUUUUCAAUUAAGAUGAAGUGGACUAAAAAGAAUAUUCCACAAACUGAUGAUAUUUUCCUUGUCGAAGGAAAUUCAGCACCAGUGGAUCUUGCGAUGUUAACACUUACGAAUCAUACCAUAAUGACCGUCGGAACAUUUGGCUGGAUGGCUGGAUGGAUGACACAGGGGAAGACAGUUUACUACAAGCAUCCGGACACGCCUGGAUCAGAGUUUUCUAAACUUUAUUCGAACUAUUCUGAUCAUUUCUAUCCGGGAUGGAUUCCCAUGGAAUAAAUUAAGUGAGCGACGAUACGCGUCUGGUCUUGGGUCUUUUAACGUGUAUAAUGACGGCUUGUGUCUUCUAAGGUGUCUAAUGACGGUUUGUGUCUUCUAAAGUGUCUAAUGACGGGUUAUGUCGUCUAAAGUGUCUAGAUGGCUUGUGUCUUCUAAAAGUGUAUCAUGGCAGUAGUGACUGAUAGUUCUAUACUAACUUCAAUCUGAAAGAAAUACAUUUCAUGAUUUUUACGAAACAUCUAAAAUUGUUUAUAAAUUAUUUGUAGUAGUUGAACUUACCGUAAAAUCUUUAGCACAAUUUCUGGACAUACAUUAAGGAUUUUAGCUAUAAUUUUGAGGGCUUGGUCACUUUUGGGUGAUACAAAUAAACGACCGUAUGAACUAAAGCAGCAUUUGCUAGUAUUAGGGCUUAAAUACAUGAAAAACGCAUUUGUUGUGUUCUUGAAUUUCUUCCCCGGCAUUUCAUUUGUAUACUUUUUAAUGUAUAUAAAUAAAGAUUAAAACA